AAUCCUGUUUAUUUAGGACCUAGUUUGAAGUGCGGAACCCGAGGCUCUUGGGCCGCGGCUUCCGUCCGCAGUCUGACUCAGGGCGGACGACUUUUUUCUUGACUCACCUGGAACCCUGGCCUGCUGGGGUUUCGCUCCCAGGCCUCAGUUGGGCUUUGUGGGCCGGAAACAUGGCCUCCUUCCAUCUGAAUCAUCUAAAGAAUUACCACAGAAGAUUUUGCCGGCCUUCCAGAGCGUCCAACAUUCAUGCAAAGCAAGGCCAGAAUGUGCUGGAAGUCUUACAAGACUAUUUUGAUGAACAAAGUUCUACAGAGUCAUUGCUUUCUUUCACACCUAAAGCGAAAGAUACUCGCAGUCAGUCGGCAGGCAAAGAGUGCCAGGCAUCACAUUCACAAUCAGUUCCAGUUUCUUCAGGGAGGAAAGAUGCUUCUCCACAAGUUACUGCAGAACCAAGUGAAGCCACUCUUGGAUCAGUUCAGGCUAAUAAAGUUCAUCAGAAAAUUCUGACUUCUGAUGUUUCUGAAAGUCCAGCGAACUCAAACAACAUGUCAAGUAAAAAAACAAAUGGAUCCCACAGUGCCACCAAGUAUCACCUUUACUUACCUGGCGGCUCCCCUGUUGUUCCUUUAUAUGAGAAAAUGUCUGAAUCGCAGAAUGUUAUUUCAUCUCUUAGCCAAAAGAGAGGGGCUUACAACUCAAGAAAUUCAAUAGAUACUAAAUCUUCAUAUACAGACAUUUCUCUUAAAACCAGGAAAAGGUUAAACUUUGAAGGUAAAGAUAGUUUGAACAAAGCAGAAGUAGAGAACAAUGUAUUAGAAGUAUCAGAAGGACAAGAAGGGACAUCAUCAGAAACAUCUCAGAAAAGAGCACAAGAUUUGACCUGUGAAAUUCAACCACAAUCUAGAAAGAGUUUUUUAACAUUGUAUUUAGAAACUGUCAAGAGGAAAAGUGAAUCCAGUUCCAGUGUUAGGCACACAGCAGCAAUUUCACCUCACUCAUCUCCAAAGGCCAGGACAUUGUUAGAAGAUGAAUUUAUUAUUGAAGAAUCGGGGAGAAGUUUUGAAAGUCAAUCUUGGGUGAAAAUUCCAAGAAAAGACAGACAUCAGAGCCACCACUUGCCAUCUCCUGAAAACAUUGCAGCUGCUAAAGAUAAGAAACCGGGAGAAAAACCUCAUAGUGUGUCAGCUUCGUCUUUGAUACAUGACACACAGUUUCAUAAGGCUUCCCCAAUAGAGAAAUCUCAGCCCUCUGUUGAAAAAAUCCUGGGGACUAGUUAUAUAGAUGAAUUGGAAAGUGAUUAUAGUUCUACAGAAAAUAAAAUACAUUCUGAGAAUACCAAAAAAACAUCUGAAAGCAAAAGGACUAUAAGACAGAAGAAGCAAAGAGUAUCAAAGCCUAAAGUAGUUGAAGAGCAACUUGAUAUGGGACAGGGUAAAAAGAAAAAGAGGAAUAUGUCAAAUACUGACAAAUUACAACUAAAUUCAAAAAGAAAUAUGGAAGAUUGCGAAGAGGCAAGAAAUAAACCUAUUCCCAAGAAGCAGAUAUCCCCUGUUGGUUCUGUUGAUAGAAGCUUUUCAAGAGAAAGUAAAUCGUCAGUGGUGCAUCACAAUGGAAAAACGCGGACUAGGAAAAGUCAGUUAUCUAAGAAUACUGGGAAAAAACCUUCUCCAUCAAAAAGACAGAAGACAGAGAGCAGCUCAAGAGUACAGAAGUCUUUAAACACUAAGGGUUCUAGAAGAAGUGUUAGUCAUGAUGAAAUUUCUGGUUCUCAGAGUGAGCCAUUGGAAAACGAGGCAGACCCAACUCAGAAGAAAAGUCUUGAUAUUUCUGGACCUACAGGAGGCUCUAAGUAUCAAAACAGUGUUAUGACUUCACAGAAUGUUCAUUUAAAGUCUCAUACUGGGGAAUAUACACGUAAAUCAUCAAUGAAGUCUAAUUCCAAUGCAGGGGAGCCUAAAAAUUCAAUUUGGGAAGAAAGUGGACCUUCCAAGUUCAAGGAUCAUGUAAUGUCUAAAAGCAAUAAUUCUGACAUGGGUGAUGAAGAGGAUCAGGAGAGUUCGGAUUUAAGAAUAAGAAGUUCUAAUGUACUACCAGAUAGUAAUAUACAUCACAAAUUAGUACUGCCCUCCAAUUCACCAAAUGUUCGUAGAACAAAGAGAAUACGUUUGAAACCUCUCGAAUAUUGGCGAGGGGAACGGGUAGAUUAUCAAGAAAGGCCAUCAGGAAGAGUUGUGAUCGGAAUAGUAUCCCCACCUCUAGUAUCACCCAUAAAAAGGGCAAAAAGAAACCUGGACAAAGUCAACAAAAAAGCCAACAAGAAACGGAUCCAUCGUGAUAACCAUGAAAAGGAUAGGUUAGUGGUGAAUCUAGAUAAAUCCCUAGGAAAUCCCUUUGAGGCAACAUUGGCAAAGGACCCAAAAACAAGAGAGAUUGUCCCUAUGGAUCUUAUAAGGCCACGAGAUACAUACCAAUUUUUUGUGGAGCAACAUGGUUUAAAAGUUUUUAAAACGUUGGAUACACCAGUCUUUUCUACUGGAAAACUGAUUUUAGGACCCUAUGAAGAAAAGGGAAAACAGCAUGUUGGCGAAGAUAUAUUGGUUUUUUAUGUUAACUUUGGUGACCUUUUAUGUACCUUACAUGAAACAGCAUAUAUGAUAAGUACUGGUGAUUCGUUCUAUGUUCCUUCAGGUAAUCAUUACAACAUUAAAAACCUCUUGAAUGUGGAAAGUUGUCUUCUUUUUACUCAAAUAAAGAGAUGAAAGGUGCAUACAUGUAUAAAAUGGUUGUUUAUUGUAUUUUUGUAACUAUGAUUAUUUUUUUUUUGGUUUUUCGAGCUAUGAUUAUUUUAAAAUAAAACUUUUAUUUAGUUUUGAGUAAA